GUUAUUACUACAAUACAUUCUGUUACAAUUAAAAUGCAAUAUAUCUGCCAAAGUAAAAAUCCAAUAAUUUAAUCAACUUUUAUAUAUUUACUGUUCUGUUUUAUGAGAAAUUCCUCCUCGAUUUCUGCUAACACCGCUGCAGUAACAAAGUUUUUAAAUAAAUGAAAUUGUGCAUGAAAAUAGACGUCGAAUUCUUCAAAAUAUGAUAGUCUCCUUAUAAUUUUGGGACGUUGAUAAAUUUUGUUUCGUAAUCUUUAUCUUCUAAUGAAAAUAAUAUAUAUUCUAACGCAACAUUUUAAUAAAUAAUUAAAAUAAUUCUUUUUUGUAAAACAUUUAAUAAAUCACGAUAACUCCAAAAACCUGGAUGAUAAUUUUUCACAAUUAAUGCACUAUUAAUUUCGGUUAGGUUAGGUUAGAUUCAUUAAACGCCCAAGAUUUGGCGUUUAACUUUGACUGUAGAAAAUCAACGUUAACUGACGAAGUUUAGUGCAGUUAUGGAAUAGAGCAUUUUUAUAAAAACAGGUUUAACGACUUAAACUCUGUUUAAAUAGUCUAGUACAGCAGUGCAGCGACAAGAACAGGUCUAUAUGACCGCUUUCUUUGGUGGCCUUUGGAACCUCUGGCUUCUGGGCUCCUCUCUCUGCUAUUAUUUACAAGUUUAAAGCGUGGUACUGUGUCCCUUUUGGGACGGAAAUCCAUUGGCCGAAGGAAGAAGGAUUUACAAUUAAAAAAUAAACGAUUAUAAACAAUUGAUUAUGCAAUUACGCAAUACGUAGUCAUGUCUGUUACAUGUGAACUACCAGAGAACCUGUGUGUAAAGUGUAAACGCGAUGUGAAAGCAGAUUGACGCAACAGAAGAAAAAACGUCAAUAUGGGCCGCAAGAUACCAGGCAAGAAGCAUCGAGGUAUCAAGGAUCCCGAGCAGCAGCGUAUCAAGCGUCUAACUAAGUUAGAGUUACGCACGAAUACUGCGCCAAAAAACGAGGAUGAGCAGGCAAUUCCGAAGAGCUUGGAGCGCGUAAUUAAGUUAAAGGAAGCUGCAAAGUCUAAUGGUGGCAUUUUGAAGAAGAAGCAGAGGAAAAAAGAUGGACUUAUUUGCGUAGGGUUACAACAUCGUAGACCAAAUUGUCCAAAAACAAAGCUAGAAAAGAUUGUACCUGUAUUUCAGCAGCGACCAGGCGAAUCUGGUAAACAGUUUAUGCACAGAGUAUCUAAAGAUACGUAUGAUUUUCUUAAAGAAGUAGCAUUUGAAAAAAAGUAUGGUGUUCGAAUUGAACGGGAUUCAGAUACUGGUAAAAUUCAAGGUUUAAUAAAAUGUAAACCUGAAAAGGAUGAUGUAGAAGCAUUACAAAUCAAGCAUAAGAAUCUUAAUAAAAAAAGAAAGACAGCCAAAGAUUCCAUAACUUUAAGGGAAUUCUCGACAAAAAAUGAUAAGCGAAAAUUGAAAUUACGUGUGAAGAAAGAAAAGAAGCUGGCAAGAAGCUAUGAUGAAUUUGAAAAGUUGCAAGACAAAGUUGUCUUUGGUGAAGUUGCUGAUGAGCCUCCUAAAUUGAAAAUAAAGUCGAAAGAAAUGAAUGAGACUAGAAAACCAAAGAAUUUAUUAUUGAAUUCAUUAUUGGAAGAUUCUAAAGUUUUUUUCGGUACUAAAGUGAUUAAGCGAUCUAGAAAAAGGAAAUACUUGCCUGAAAUGGAAAGGAGAAGACUAGAAAAACAACAGAGCGAAGCUGUUGCAGCCUAUAAACAAUUGAAGUCUCAGCGAUCUGUUAAUAGAAGCUGUUAGGGUAUGUUUAAAAUGCAUAAAAACAAGUUGUGCUUCAAUAAAGUAUAUAUUUGAUUUUUCUUUUUCAAAA